CUGGCUCUGUGCAGUGCUCUCAGUCUCAGCAGUUGAAGCUGGGCGCAGGGGGAACUGCGACGGCCGCGCCGAAGCAUCUUCUCAGUGAUGGCCUCUGCUGAGCAGUUGUGCUCCCGCUUCCAGCAGCAGCAGCAGCAGCAGCAGCACUGCGCAUAAGGCAUCACACCCACCUUUGCCCUCCUGGCCAGAAGUGAGAGUGAGAGAGAGUGAGAGAGAGAGAGAGAGACACCACCAUGUACAGCGUGGAGGACCUCCUCAUCUCGCAUGGAUACAAACUGCCCAAGAGUGCGCCUCCUCCUCCUUCUGCCACGCCUUACGACAACAAGCGCCCCGCUGACUGCCAGCGCGAACUCGUGGACAACCGCGCCGGCCGGGGGACGCUCAACGGGUACGAGGCAGACAGGGGGGCGGCCAUCACAGGCAUCUAUGGUAAUCGACAGGCGCUGGUGAAGGCCUACCCCCCCAUUGACAACGACGGCGUGGAAAGAAACCAAAGGAGAAUAGAAGCCGGCAUUGGUAUCCUAGGUGACGCUCAGCCUUUGGGUGAUUCUCUUGCCACUGACAGUGGGUUCUAUGAUGUUCCUAGUUUAACCUAUUCAGAGCCUCUGAGCCAUGAGGAAAGAGAUAUUUCAUACUGGCGGAGGCGUGGCCAAGACUUCAGCAUUCUCUUGGACUAUGCUGAUGGGAGGGAGCUGAGGGCGUCUGCUGCUGCGUGGAGGCCACAGGCCCUGAUAACUGCUGCAGAGGCAGAGAGGCAGGCGAGGCAGCUGUGGGAGGACAUUUCUUGGCUAAGAGACCCAGAUGCAGCCCCUGGUCAGCUAAGAGUCACCGGGGAGAGAAAAUGUCAAAGUCUGGGUACAGAGGACUGGAGGCCUGCCGUUGGCCUGGGAAGACAGUUGUCUGACGGGGAUGGGGAAAGGUGGGCUCAGGACCAGUAUCGCUUGAGGACGCCUGAUGGGUUUUUUCACCCCAGAACUAAAGCAAAGUCUCAGUCUCUUCCUAGAGUUUUGUCACCUGAUGGAAUCGUGGGCAGAGAACUCAUUCCGUCCAGACCUAGCCUACCUGACAGACAGCAGAGGAUUAGCAGCACUGUCUUCUCUGGGCCCUAUAGUAGGUACGUCUACAGUAGUGCUGUUGGCAGGGAGCGGUGGAGUAGGAAUUCUGGGCCAAGCAGCCAUGUUGCACUUUUACCAAAGCCCAGGUUCAGCGGGCCUUUAAAGCCUCCGUCAUACGAGAUUCACCAGCAGACCAGGGGUAGCGCAGAAAUGCUUGCUUUAGACCAGGGUGCCAAACAAAAAGACAGGUCUAUCUAUUAUCCGAGAGGAGGGGAGUUCAGACAUGACUAUUACGCACAACACUCUGUCAUUUAUGGAAUGGAGCCACCUGGCUACAUCCCACCUCCAUCCUAUAGAAGACCCCCACUCCCACGAUCCGUUUCAAUCAACCGCAAUGAAAUUGCAAACAUAAGGUGGAGGGCAGAAACUUUGCAGAUGCACUCAGAUCCUGGGAGGUGGUGUUCAAGACAGACGGGUUCCUGGCUGGAGCAUUACGGAGAACGUGCUGCCUCCUAUAGAAAACAGUUCAAUUCUCGAGCUGAAGAACAACCAAGUCUUGUACGUCAAAUACCUACUGAAGAUCUAAAACUGAAGCAAAUCUCAGGAGGGCCUGCCGGAAAUUCUCUCACGGACGUAGACAAGAUCUGCAGCAUCAACAAAGAGAUUUCAUCCACUAAAAGUUUAGGACAAUCUACAAAUGACAGUGCCUUUCCUCCCCAACAGGACCCGGCCGCAGACAGGGGACAGGUGGGUCCAGGACAGGUGGGCCCGGGACAGGUGGGUCCGGGACAGGUGGGCCCGGGACAGGUGGGUCCGGGACAGGUGGGCCCAGGACAGGUGGGUCCAGGACAGGUGGGCCCAGGACCGGUGUUGCUCAAGGAAACUGAAGCCCGUAAAACAGCUCCCAGUGAAAAUGACAGUAGUAGUCUUCGAUGGUCCAAUAGGGUGACGAGCAAAAAGAGUGAGAGUGUGGCUCCUGAACAGAACCGUGGUCAGUUUCUGCCUUCAUCUAUUCUAGGUAAACCACCGCCUCCCCCAUGUAAGCCGGCUGAUCAGACUGUCUCAGAAACUGUGACGGAGACGAAAAAAGUGGAGGUGCCUGAGCCCCAAGAAAAGGAAAAAUCCAAGAAUUUGAAAAAGAGACUUAGUGAGACCAUUUUUUGUUUGGUGUCUGUUCCUGUUACCCCACAGCUCACUGGCAUGAUCCGUGAUCAGAAUAAUAACAAUGAGAAAUCGCCAGACCCAGCGGACAGUCCAAAUGAGAAUAAAACUGGCCACUUAACAAACCAAAGCCUCCAAAGCACAUCCUCGGCCGAAGCAGAGCUGCAAGUACUAACUGCUAGCUUUGCUAGCAGCAAGACGAGCAGUAGAGCGAGCAGCAAAAUGUUCAAAAAGUUACCCUGUAGGCCCCCUAAAAUAAACCAUUAUAAGGAGUUGAAACUGUCAGGAUCUUGGCCGUCCAACCAGUAUCGAGACCAGGAGACACAAACUAGCCCAGAGGCCCAAAAAACUGCCUCAGAAAACAAGGAAGCACAACAGGAACCGACCCGUCCCAACACCGCAGACUCCCCUGACAGCAGCAGUUUAGUGGGCACUGCGUAUACCUUCCCCAUGAAGGGAGUCAAGAGUUUGAAACUGUCAAGCAACAGCGCAUUCUCCCUGACAGCCACUUUCUCCAACCAGCUGAACAAGAGCACAGCUCAGCCGCCAGCAGAACCACCCUCAGGAAACGUAGAGGAGGCCCAACCAGCAGCAAAUACUGGAGAGGAGGAAUUUGAGCAGUACCUUCUAAAACCAACCACCCAGCGACCAUGGGAUGCUGUGAAAGAGUUAGAGGCCAUCAAGAAGGAACUCCAGCAACAGCAACAGCAGCAACAGCAACAGCAGGAAGGGAACAAACAGCCCAGUGUGGACAAGUGCAUAGAGGAUCUCAACGAGGCCUACAAAGACAUCUUGGAGCUCGGUACUGCCAGCAAAAAAGUCCCAAAUGGUUCUGUACAAAUCCCUGAACGUAUCAAAAUCAGAUUGACAUCAGAACCACUCAAUAAGCCAAGCAGCCUUAGGCGCAGUGCAGUCAGCUGGUCUGUCGACCCAGAAUACAGAGAAGUCAAGAGCGCCUUCUCCAGGCCUGCAACGAAGUCAGUGACUUUUAGCAAACAGCUGCGAGAGGAACUCCCAGUCCCUCCUCGGGAGACGGGUUUCAGAGAAUACAGGGUUGUUGCACACCUCUCUCGUAGACGUAGCAACGAUGGCCGGACAGUAAAAUUAGACCUGCCAGAUGAGCCCAUCGAGACACCGCUUUGUGAUUUCAGUCCAACUAUGAAAACCACACCAGCUGAGGUGCCGUGGGCAGACAGACAGCCUAUGCAGGAUGCCUCAACACUCACGAGUCCUCCUGACUAUGAGGACAUAUGUCAGGCCUUGCGUCAGACCAGAGACUCGGCGGAUGUCAGUAAAUCGUCCACAGGCCUAGCUAACGAUGGAGAGCUUCUGCAAGAUGCUAAUGUGGACUCAGAAGAGGAGUGUCCUAUUUGUAAAAGAGAAAUGGAGAACCAGAUGAGACAGGGCCCACUGCCUCCACUACAUGAGGAGAACAGCUCAGAUAGUUCAACCAAUCAAAAUGGUAGUCCACCACAAUGUACUGCUUUAAGAAGUCCAGCAGAUGAUGCUAAACCAGAGGAGUCAAAUGACUCCAGUUUAAAUCAUUCAGGGUCUGAUGUACAUAACGAAAGGACAGAACAGCAUUCUUUGAUGCAGGAAAAUGUGGAAGAGGGUGAAAAGACAGACAAUGCUCAGGUGGAAACCUCGGACAGUUUGUGUGCAGUAAAUCUUACUGAAAAUGUACCAGCAGACGAAGCUACAGAGGAGGGUGCAUCCACAAUAUCAACCAAUGACGUGGCUGCAGAUACUGAGGUCACAGAGGACGGAACGGUUUGUGAGAAUGUAAUAAAGGAUGUAAAAGUAGGAGAAAAAGAAGCCAUUGUUGGAGCAACCCCUGAAGCCAGUGCAGGCAAGCAGUCAUCUGAAGUUCAAGAUGAGAGCGAAGUGCAGGACAACGCAGCGUGUGAGGACAAGGAGGAGACAAAAAAGAAGCCUUUUGCUGUCCCAGAGCAUAAACUUGGUUUACGGGCUCAUCUGGGACGUGACUACCCAGGGUUACCGGAGUUUCCACCAGAUAGACUGCCACUUUCAGUUCCCCCAAAUUUAGACCGAAGACUGUCUCUAAGCUUGGAGGGGGAGAAAAAAAAGAGGGAUCCACCGAAUCGAAUUGAGGCAUUGCAAAACAAACUAGCUAUUUCUCCAGGAAGAGUUGCGGUUGAGCGCCUAGCCUGGAUGAGGGACGUGGAUGUCAUGUAUCGGGUGAGGCGCCUCAGUUUUAGGAGCACUGACUCUGGUGAAGGUGAUGCGGAAGGGGAAGGCAAGGACGAACAGGUUGAGGAGAUCGAUGCUACUCCUCGGAGACAUAAGGAGGACGACCUGGAGGUGGACGAUUCACAGCAGGUCUCCAAAGAGACAGUGUUACAAAGUGAGACAAAGUCAUCUUUAUCAGGUAAGAUUGACACUUUCAAUGGAAUUAAAUUGUUGUUUGUUCAAAAAUGUAUUCAUAGCCACUGUUAUCUGUCAUCUCCAUCAGUCUGUGCCACUGCUGAAAGGGAGUAAAUAACUACUGGCCUUCUAAAACAUUUGAGAAUAUUUUAUCAAACAAACAACUACAGUUCACCUUGAGUUCAGCUUCUUUCUGUGUCAUUUUU